UAACAUCCCCAAAGAGGAAGGAAGGUCAAUUAAGUGGAUUGGAUGGCUGGGAGCUGGGACGAAAGCUAUGAUAGUGGUAGCCAGUCAGACGAUAGCUAUCAAUUUGAGAGAAUACGCAUAGAGCCUAUCUAUGAUGCAUUUGUUUGCCCUCUAACAAAGCAAGUGAUGCGGGAACCCGUUACUUUGGAAAAUGGUCAAACUUUUGAGCGGGAAGCCAUUGAAAAGUGGUUCAAGGAAUGCAAGGAGAGUGGAAGAAAGCUUGUUUGUCCAUUGACGUUGAGGGAACUAAAAAGUACAGAUCUGAACGCAAGUAUAGCUUUACGAAACACCAUUGAGGAAUGGACUGCUAGAAAUGAAGGUGCUCAGCUUGAUAUGGCUCGUAGGUCAUUAUCUUCUGGCAGUUCUGAAAAUGAUAUUCUUCAUGCUUUGAAGUAUGUUCAGCAUGUAUGCCGAACAACCCAAUCGAAUAAGCAUGUUUUCCAUGAUAUGAUACCCAUGAUUGUUGAUACAUUGAAGAGCAGCAGCCGUAAGGUUCGGUGUAAAGCUUUGGAAACCCUUAGAAUUGUGGUGGCGGAAGACAGUGAUAAUAAGGAAAUAAUGGCUGAAGGGGAUACUGUACGCACAAUAGUGAAAUUUUUGUCUCAUGAGCUUUCCAAAGAGAGGGAGGAAGCUAUCUAUUUGCUGUAUGAGCUCUCCAAAUCUGAACUCUUAUGUGAAAAAAUUGGAUCAGUCAAUGGAGCAAUUCUUAUAUUAGUUGGAAUGACAAGUAGCAAGUCUGAAAAUGUUCUUACUGUUGAGAAAGCUGAUAGAACACUAGAAAAUUUGGCGAAAUCUGAGAAUAAUGUGCGGCAGAUGGCCGAAAGUGGUUGGCUGCAGCCUCUGCUAACGCUACUUCUUGAAGGCCCACCGGAAACCAAACUGUCCAUGGCUGCAUGCCUUGGAGAGUUGGUUCUGAACAACGAUGUGAAAGUAUCUGUGGCUAAAACUGUAGGUUCAUCGCUGAUUAAUAUAAUGACAAGUGGGAACAUUCAAUCAAGAGAAGCUGCCCUAAAAGCUCUAAACCAGAUUUCAUCAUGUGAGGCCAGUGCCAAGGUGUUGAUAGAGGCUGGAAUCCUACGACCUCUUGUUAAGGACCUCUUUGCUGUUGGCAUUAGUCAGCUCCCCAUGCGUCUGAAAGAGGUUUCAGCAACCAUUCUAGCCAAUAUUGUGAGCUCUGGGUAUGACUUUGAUUCCAUUCCAGUUGGACCUGACCAUGAAACUCUGGUGUCAGAGGAAAUUGUCCAUAAGCUACUCCAUCUCAUUAGCAACACAGGCCCCGCCAUUGAAAGCAAGCUUCUCCAGGUUCUUGUUGGACUCACCGGUUCUCCAACAACUGUUCUGAAUGUUGUUUCUGCCAUUAAAAGCUCUGGUGCUACUAUUAGUCUGGUUCAGUUCAUUGAGGCUCCACAGAAGGAUUUGCGCCUGGCUUCCAUAAAACUUCUCCAGAACCUCUCUCCACACAUGGGUCAGGAACUAGCUGAGGCCCUGCGUGGCACGGCCGGCCAGCUUGGCAGCCUAAUCAAGGCCAUAUCAGAAAACAUUGGAAUAACUGACGAGCAGGCAGCAGCUGUCGGCCUUCUAGCUGAUCUCCCCGAGAGGGACUUGGGCCUCACACGACAAAUGCUAGAUGAGAAUGCCUUCCAGAAGAUCAUCUCUAGAGUGAUUAGGAUUCGGCAGGGGGAGACUAGAGGUUCCCGCUUUAUGACCCCAUACCUAGAAGGGCUUGUUCGGGUUCUUGCAAGGGUUACAUUUGAUCUAGCUGAUGAACCUGGUGCAAUUGCACUGUGCCGUGAACACAAUCUGACUGCCUUGUUCAUUGAGCUGCUUCAGUCCAACGGUCUCGACAAUGUGCAAAUGGUUUCAGCCAUUGCUUUGGAGAAUCUAUCGCAGGAAUCUAAAAACUUGACUAAAUUGCCCGAGUUGCCACCACAAAGUUUUUGUGCCUCAAUCUUCUCAUGUUUAAGUAAACAACCUGUCCUAACUGGACUCUGCAGAAUCCACCUUGGGUUAUGCUCGCUGAAAGAAUCCUUUUGUCUCCUGGAUGGACAGGCUGUGGAGAAGUUGGUAGCCCUUUUGGACCAUACAAAUGAGAAGGUUGUUGAGGCAUCACUCGCAGCACUCUCCACUUUGUUAGAGGAUGGGGUUGAUGUUGAGCAAGGGGUGAUGGUGUUGUGUGAGGCAGAAGGAAUAAAGCCCAUAAUUGAUGUGUUGACUGAGAAACGAACAGACAACCUGAGGAGGAGGGCAGUUUGGGCAGUUGAAAGAAUCCUGCGGUCCGAAGACAUAGCAUAUGAAGUUUCAGGUGAUCCAAAUAUCAGCACGGCACUUGUUGAUGCCUUCCAGCAUGCUGAUUAUCGAACACGACAGAUAGCUGAGCGUGCCCUGAAGCAUGUUGACAAGAUACCAAACUUCUCGGGCGUCUUCCAAAACAUGGGGUAGAGUUGGUAUACCUGUCAUACAGGUGUGCUUCAUGUGCAAGAGCAGUUGAUGAAUUGAAGGAUUUGUUUGUAUCUUGUUUAUUUUCUCCCAUUCCCCCCACCCCCUCUGCGCAGGAUGGUUUCCACCAGGCCAUCUUGAGGUUAUGGUUUGUGAAGAAUCAUGAAACGUAGGUACAUAAUCCUGUAUUUUCAUUUCUCUUUCUGCAGAGCGUUUCAAAAACCCGUUAUUUGUUUCUUUGAUCUUAAGCUUUUAUUAGCCUUCAUUCCUUGCUUCGAUUAUUGUAUUGGCAUUGAGGAUGAAUGUAAUUUUUAGCUUUUAUGAGUUUUUGGUUAAGAGUUUCUAAGGAGCUUGGUGCAA